AUGCCCCAGGAACCAGAUGCAAAGUACCGCCCCGCAUCGCCCAGCGAGGGAUCCUCGCGCGGUAACGUCGUAGAUCACAAUGCUCCCCAUGUGACAGAUGAGGGACCUGCGACGGUCAGGAAGCCCGGGGAAGCGCAUGUCAUCAAGGUGCAGCCGUUGAAGCGGAGUGAGAUGCAGCCGUCCUACGCCCAGGACCUCGGAUCUUCAGAGGUUCCCCAUGGUUUCUAUGGCAGUAUGAUGCAGGCAUUGGGUGCCUGCGUUGGCUUCUGUGGCGCUAUUCCUUGCUGCCCAUUGCCCAACCCCUUCCGCAACAUCCCACAAGGCUCCGUUGGCCUCGUCAGUCGGUUCGGCAAGUUCUACAAGUCGGUCGACCCCGGCUUGGUGCAAGUGAAUCCGUGCACGGAGGGCGUCCGCAUCGUCGAUGUCAAGAUCCAGAUUCUCCCCAUCGGCAGACAGAAGGUCAUCACGCGCGACAAUGUCGACGUCGAGAUCGACUCUGUUAUGUACUUCCAGAUCACAAACCCAUACCGCGCCGCGUUCGGUAUCGCCGACCUGCGCCAGGCUCUCGCCGAGCGCGCGCAAACUACCCUCCGGCACGUCGUAGGCGCACGAGCGGUACAGAGCGUCGUCACCGAGCGCGAAGCGAUCGCGUUCGAGAUCGCCGAGAUCGUAGGCGACGUCGCGGACAAGUGGGGCGUCGCGAUCGAGGGCAUCCUCAUCAAGGACAUCGUCUUCAGCACCGAAGUCGCAGCCUCGCUCUCGUCCGCCGCGCAGCAGAAGCGGAUCGGCGAGUCCAAGGUCAUCGCGGCGCGCGCGGAGGUCGAUGCGGCGAGGCUGAUGAGGCAGGCGGCGGAUAUCCUCGCGAGCCCCGCGGCGAUGCAGAUUAGGCAGCUGGAGGCGCUGCAGCAGAUGGCGAAGACGGCGAAUAGUAAGGUGGUUUUCGUGCCGAUGCAGCUGCAGAGCGAUGUGGUUUCGCAGAUGGCGGGGCAGGCGCAGGCGUCGGGGUCCGGGUCCGGGUCGCGGAUGAUGCUGGGUGGCGAGCAUGGCGAGGGCGUCGGCGCAGCUGGCACGAUCGGCCUGCUGAACAGCGUGUCGCAGGUGUAA